AGAUGGGGAAAACUCACGGUUAUCGUCGCGGAACACGUUAUAUGUUCUCUGCCGCUUUCAGGAAACGCGGCGUCAUUCCACUCUCUACGUAUUUGAAAACGUACAAAGUUGGCGAUAUCGUAGAUAUCAAGGGAAAAGGUUCCGUCCAACUUGGUAUGCCACAUAAAUGCUAUCAUGGUAAAACUGGCCGUGUAUUCAAUGUUACUAAGCGCGCUGUUGGUGUCAUCGUCAAUAAGCAAGUCAGAAAUCGCAUUAUGCCCAAGAGGAUCAAUGUUCGUAUCGAGCACAUUAGUCAUUCCAAAUGUCGCGAUGACUUUUUACGUCGUGUAAAAGAGAACGAACGCUUAAGAAAGGAUGCAGCUGCGAAAGGAGAAAGAGUUGACCUUAAGCGUAAGCCUAAAGCCCCUAAAGGAGCACAAACGGUUAUCGCAGAAUCCGAACCUGAAGUUCUUCGAGCUCUUCCUUAUCAAUUUAUUGCAUAAACUUGAUCCAUGAACUAAUUCAAUAAAUAUUCAAUUAC